GGCGAGGGCGCCUACGGCGAGGUCUACCGCGGGCGCCACCGCGCUUCCGGCGCGUCCGUCGCCGUCAAGAAGCUCAAGAUCGUCGCCGACGGCGCCGACGAGGACGCGGAGAUGGCGCGCUACGCGGUGCUCACCGCGGAGCGCGAGCUCGCGCUGCUGCGGGCCAUGGGCGACCACGCGAACGUCGUGCGCUUCACGGACAGCUGGCAGGAGGAUUUGGUGGCCGGGUCCAUCGCCGUCGUCGCGCCCGUGCUCUGCUUCGAGCUCCUGGCGAUGACGGCCCUGCACGCGUUGGAGGACCGCGGGCCCGGCGCGUUCGGCCGCGGGCUGUGCCUCGCCCUCACGAGGGACCUCUGCGCGGCCCUGGCCCACAUCCACGCGCUCCGCAUCGUCCACCGCGACAUCAAGCCCGAGAACGUGCUGCUGAGCGGCGCGCCGGGCGGCCAGCGGUGCGAGCUCAAGCUCUGCGACUUCGGCGCCGCGCGGCAGCUCGAGGGCGACCUGGGGCCCGACGGCGUGGGGCUCGCGCCCCAGGCGGCGGCGGGCGAGCUCACGCACUACAUCGGCAGCCGCUGGUACCGCGCGCCGGAGAUGAUGGCGUCGAGCACGACCUACGGCUUGCGCGUCGACGUCUGGGGCGCGGCGUGCAUCACGGCCGAGCUCGCGACGGGCGAGCCCCUCUUCCCGGGCGACGAGGAG